AUGCGCCACACGUCUGUAUUUGAUCGAGCAUUGGCUCGUGCUCAGGUCCUUUACUCCCCCUUCCUCAUCAUCCCCUGUCUCAUGGCUCCUCUUGCACCACGGCAUUCUUCACAAUAUUCGCGUGCACGAUAUGGUCCUCCGGCACUCAGAAUAUUUACGCAGGGCCAGUCUCCUCAGCCACGCAUGGCCGACAUUGCAAUUGAGCGAUUCAAACAGUGCCUCAAUAUUCGACAUGACAACGACGAACAGCUUGACUCAUCACGCAAGCUACAUCCUCAUUUUUGUCUGUCAACUUGGGAUCGGCAGCUAGCCUGUCAUGAGGCUUUGACUGACAUUGAAGACGCCGCUGUUGGCGCUGCACGUCUUGCCGACAUCGCAUUUAUCGGCAUAGGCAUUCGGCCUGAAUGGCUGUCCAAAGAGCCUCUGACAGCAGAUACAGUCAAGAUUGAUGUGAUCUUGACUUGUCAGUUUGAACAAUACCCGCAGUGGAAGACCGCAAUUGACAAGAUUCAACACAUCGUUCAGGAGGAGAUUGGAGUGCCCCAUAUUCUUGGGUAUAGCAGCAGACUCGAUGAGGUGACCCCAGGGCCAGAAUAUGCGUUGGAUCUGGAGACACGGCGAAUAUGCAGCAACCCUAUCCGAUUAGCUACAAAGCCCGCAUCAUCGCAGCCACGUACAUCCAGUAGUGCUCGCCCGCUGACGUCUGCAACAGUGGCAGCGUCCUCAUCACAACAUCGUAGUGCACCGUCUAGCAAGGAGCAAUCUGGGAGUCUGGGAGUUAAGGCGAUGACAUCGCAAAUUGCUGCAGCUGCCGGAAUUUCAUUGUCACAGGGAAGCGCACCUCUCGAGCGCACAGCAGAACUGCUAUCACACGCUAGUCAGCCGCUUCUCGUGCAUCACCGCACAGCCAUCACGUUGCUGCACUGA